UGAAUUUUCCGACGAAGCAACGAGAAGCAGUGAGGGGCAGCGGGAUAUUUUUAGUUGCUCUCCACUGCUCAGAUGCUUUCUACUUGUCUUUCUGGGUCCAUUGAUGUCUGUUCUUGUCUCCUUACAGGAUGUGAAGCCGUCAAAGCCGAGAGUCCGAGACAGGUACGGAGUACACCAGGCCUACGACCAACUCUACCAAGUCUUCAUUCUAAAUGCAACACUCCACAGUGGGUGUGUUGUGGCGAUAAACAAACCGGUCGCGGUGGGUGUUGCAUCUUGCCUCUGCUGUUGAACAUACUCUGGAGGCUCGGGACUGGCUGCUUGGUCUUUUGUUGUGCAGGAGGAGUUUGGCGUACCUGACCAGCCUAGGCAGCUAGUACGAGGUCUGAGGACGACCUAGUUGUAGAGUAUCCCUGUUGAUUGCGACAACA